AUUUACCUGUUUGACUCUUGAAAACAAAAAUGUUUAAAAUAUUUGGCGCUAAAUUCAUAUCAACUUGGACUUUCGUCAAGUUAAAAGGUGUUAAGUUAGUGUUGUUGAAAGAUUUAAUAGUCAAGGAAUAAAUGUAAGUAAAGCUUUGUGUAAAUGUAAGUAUAUAUUUUCUAGUAUUGUUACUGUUUUUUCGUGUUAAUAUUAUUGUUCGCAUGCAUUUAAAAUAGAUUACGAUUUACGAAUAUUCCAUUGGAGAAAAUUUGUCGCUUUCAUUAUUUUAUAUAGAUACGAAAUAAUAUUACCUCUAGUUUAGUGUUUAAUAUUAGUAACUGUUUAUUAUGUUGUAAUAUAUUUCUUGAGUGAUCAUUUCUUUAUUUGGUACCUAACAUUUCAGAUGCCGGCAAAGAGAAAACUGUCUCAAAGACAGCUAGAAAUCCUCCUAGAAUUUGCGGAAUCUCAUCAGGAAAUUGCAUUGGGCCGCUUCUGUGGUGGUCCGCUAUCGAACCAAGCUACAAAGCAAGCUUGGGAAGCAAUAGCGCUCCAACUCAAUGCAGUGGCUGAUGGGAUUACUAAAACACCUGACCAAUGGCGGAGAUAUUGGAUAGAAUUUAAAGCCAAGGUUAAGGCCAAGGCCGCAGAUGUUAGGAGGAGUGCAUCGGCUACAGGUGGAGGGCGAAGCAAACUUAUUCCUCUGAGUGACUUCGAUCAAAGGGUGCUAGCCCUCUUAGGACCUGUAGCAGUGGAAGGACUGCCUGGUGUUCGUAUUCCCGUUGAAUUGCCAAGUACAUCAACUACCCCACAACCAUCUCCUGAUGUCUUAUCACCAGCAAUGGAAGUGGAAUGGUUAGAUGAAGCAAUGGGUGGGACAGCUAGCGAGGAAGUGGAGCAAGAAUUGGUUCAAUGUGGUGAGCCUCCAGUUGAUUCUGAACCUCACUACUCUGAACCGAUUCCGGAGCAGACUAGCAGAGUAAUAGCUGAAGAAAGUACCGCUCCAGCUCCAGCUGUUCAAGUUCCACACAAUAUAAGAAGACCCAGGGCACAAAGGCAAAUUCGUCGACAUGAAGGCGUUCCUCGAUGGGCUUACGAAUUGGAAGAAAGGCGCAUUGCCAUCGAGGAGAGCCGUAUUGUCAUUGAGGAGCGACUAGCUAGAGUAGAGGAGCGUCGUGCUGCUUCAAUGGAGACAAUAGUUAUCCUUUUAACAGUUUUAAUAGAAUUAAUUAGAGAAAGAAAUUUCAAUAUUUAAACCUUCUCUAAUUAAUUCUGUUACUUCUUUAUUUAGUUCAUAGAAUCAAAUGUAAAUUGUAAUAUUUAAUUUUAUACUAUACAGUUAGUUGUUAUAAGCCUUCUCUAAUUAAUUUUAUUAAAUCUGUAUUUUCAUAAUUUAGUUCAUAGGAUUAGGUGAACAUUGUAUUUGUUAAUUUUAUUAUAAACUUUUAAUUGUAAUUGUUACUUAAAGAAUGGUGGCUGUGGAAGAAAAUAAUAAAAAUACAGAUACAAGAUAAUAACAUUAAUAACUUAGGUAAACAAACUUAGAUGGUAAAAAUAAAAGUCUUUAUAGGUUUGU